UUUGAAAUGAAUCACUUAACUGAGUAAAUUGACAAAAGAAGAGUAUUGGGCUCAGCCCAAUGUUUUUAAGUCAAAUCACUCGCUUAUUCUGCUUCAUCUCCCUUCUUUGCUGCCUCAACUUCCGACCAAGUACGUCCAAGCUUUUCGUAAUCGCCGGCCGGUAACUCGCCGUUCUUCCUUAUCCAUUCAGGGUUUGGGUGAAUCUUGAAGUCUUUGAACAAGAGCAAGCAAGGAUGACCACUAUUCGAAGAUUUUGCUGCAACGAUCUUCUCCGAUUCACACCUGUUAAUCUAGAUCAUCUCACCGAAACUUUCAAUAUGUCGUUCUAUAUGACUUACUUGGCUAGGUGGCCUGACUAUUUUCAUGUGGCCGAAGCUCCGAGCAACCAAAUCAUGGGUUACAUUAUGGGAAAAGUUGAAGGGCAAGGUGAAUCUUGGCACGGUCAUGUUACUGCUGUUACUGUAUCCUCUGAAUAUAGAAGGCAACAGUUGGCCAAGAAACUGAUGAAUUUACUGGAAGAUGUCAGUGAUAAGAUUUACAAGGCUUUCUUUGUUGAUCUCUUUGUGAGAGCAUCAAACGUGCCAGCCAUAAAGAUGUACGAGAAGCUUGGCUACAUAAUAUACAGGAGAGUGCUACGGUACUACUCUGGAGAAGAGGACGGGUUAGAUAUGAGGAAAGCUCUAUCACGAGAUGUGGAGAAGAAGUCCAUCAUUCCCCUUAAACGGCCGAUUACACCAGAUGAACUGGAGUAUGACUAAUGACAAAUUCGUCUUGUUCUUUGUUUGGCUGCUACCCCAUGAAUCUAUGGGGAUGCAUAGGCUGUUCUUGAUUAUAAAUGAAUGAAUGACCCAUAGCUGGGAAUAAAUCAAGUUUAGAACGUUGAUUUAGUGGCUUUGUGGUUUUGUUCUUACUGUCCAGAUAUCUUCGGAUCAUCCUCCAUCUUUUUGAAAUAAGUACAUGAGGGCAUUCAUCAUGCAGAAUUAGGGGGUUUUGGUCCCCUUAACAGAAGAAUAUAAUUGCACAGGCCAACUAGUUUUGUAUCUACAAAUUGUGUCUUGUUGGAUACUCGGUUGUUAAUGCAAGAGUGUUCCCC